GUUGCUCCGCAGGCAAGUUCGGUUCCGCGCGGUCCACUGGCACCGUCAGGCUUCAACACACACGCGUCGUUUUGUCAUAUUUUUACAACAGCAGCACAAACUUGACAAUGUGACACUUUUGUAUUUGCCGGGGAACCAUAUUUUGGUUACACCGUCGCUGCAUCAGACCGGAAACUGGAGAAAACAACAUUCCUGCAGAGCUCGAGCCAGAAUUGGUUCAUUCUCCCACUGACAACAUUAUGGAAGAAGAAGAAGGCCCUGCAGAUGGCAAGGUGGACACCCUCUGUUCUGCAGAAACCUACGCAGCCGAGGCUAUGGCUGCAGAUAUGGAUCCCUGGAUAGUUUUUGACUCCAGGAGAACUCCCAGGUCUGAGUUUGACGACUGGCUGGAGACUAACAGACCCUCACAGGUGUCCAGGUUUGGCGAUGAGGAAGGUGGUGUGAGCCCGGUGGGCUGGAUUGCAGUGUUGGGCCCUGGCCACUGCCCGGGCAGUGGGGACGUUAUGGGCCUUCAGGAGUGCUGGGAGAAACUUUUGUCCAGUGGCCGCUCCGUCACCUUCCAGACGGUGAAGGAGCUGGCUCUGAACCACAACGUGCUCUCGGGUAAAUGGCUGAUGCACCUGGACUCUGGCUUCAAGUUGGACCACGCAUGGGAGUGUGUGGCCCGAGCAACCCUGGAGGGCAAGAUCUCCAGUGUUAAAGUGAGCCCCUUUGAUCCCAAGUCCGAAGGCAAGCAGGUCAUAUGCUCCUACAACCAGAACUUCACGGACGAGAGCGAGGUUAUACGGAUGGACUCUGUCAUUCGGGCCACAGGGGUGAAAUGCCCCCUCUCCUACAAGCCAGAUGUUUACACAUACCUGGGGAUCUACAGAAACAAUCGCUGGAAGCUUUGCCCUACCAUUUACGAGAGCAAGUUUGACCUGGAGUGUGUGCCCCGGCGCUCCCACAUUGUCAACAAAAUCACCAACCUUGAAGUGACAUAAACUGGAGGCGUUUUAGAAGAAGGCUGUUGUAAAGAUGUGACUAAACUUCAAACUCAUGUUCUUCCAUUUUUGAAAAUUAUCAUUUUGAUGCCGUCAUAUUUUCUAAGUUUAACAGGUGACCUGA